CUUUGAUUGGAAUAAUCCGGCGAUCUAUUAAUUGCCUCAGGCGGCAUGUUCUAUCAGUCUUCUCUUUUGCUCGUUGUCGCGUCGUUUCUCUUCUUCGUGUUCUGCCUCCGGUGGACGCGGUCUAAGAAAUCAUCGGUCGACCAUCCCCCUGCGGCGCCGGGUCUCCCUGUCUUUGGGAACCUCCACCAGCUCGGCUCCCUCCCGCACCGCUCCCUGCGAGCGCUCGCCGAGAAGCAUGGCCCCGUCAUGGCCCUCCGCUUGGGCCGCCUCCCCACCGUCGUCGUCUCCUCGCCGGAGGGCGCCCAAGAGGUCUUGAAGACCCGCGACCUCGUCUUCGCCAGCCGCCCGGACUCGAGCCUCGCCGACCGACUCUUCUACCGCUCGCAGGAGAUGGCCUUCAGCAAGUACGGCGAGCAGUGGCGCCAAAUGCGACGCAUCGGCGUCCUCCACCUCCUCAGCCAGAAGCAGGUGCACUCCUUCCGAAAGGUCCGCGAGGAGGAGGCCGCCGCCCUCGUCGCCAGGAUCCGCGCCGCCGCCGGAGGUCCGGUGAACUUGAGCGACAUGAUCAUCGACUUCACGAGCAACCUCAUCUGCAGGGUAGCGCUGGGCCGGACGUACUCCGACGCCAAGGGCGGCGGCAGCCAGAUCCGGGAGCUCUUCGGGGAGUUCAUGGAGCUCAUGGGCCUGUUCCCGGUGCGCGACUACAUCCCCUGGCUGGCCUGGAUCGAUUGGCUGAGUGGCCUGGACGGCAGAGCGAGGAAGAUCGGGCCGAAGCUCGACGCUCUGCUCGAGAAAGUCAUAGCUGAGCAUCAACGAAGGAAGCUCACCGUCAAUAUCGCCGCCGACGACAUGGAUCUGGUCGACAUCUUGCUCUCUUUGGGCGAUCAAGACGCCGCCGCCGCCUCUUCUUCUUCCACCAACAUUUCGCUCACCAUGGACAACAUCAAAGGCAUCAUUUUGGACAUGGUUGCCGCAGGAACUGACUCAUCAAAAUCAACGCUAGAAUGGGCAAUGGCAGAGCUAAUCCGGCACCCCGAAGAAAUGGCAAAAGUGCAAGAGGAGAUCCGGCGAGUCGUCGGACCCAUAGGAGAAGAAAUAAGAGAAGAGGCCUUAGAAGGGAUGGAGCAAUUGAAGGCGGUGCUCAAGGAGACACUCCGUUUGCACCCUCCAGGUCCUCUGCUGCUCCCUCGAGAAGCCAUGGAGACCACCGAGCUCCAGGGCUACCACAUCCCCAAGGGCACGAGGGUGAUCGUCAAUGGCUGGGCGAUCGCAAGAGAUCCUGCUUUGUGGGACAAGGCCGAGGAGUUCCUGCCGGAGAGGUUCCUGGGCGAUUCCGGUGCCGGUGCUCUCGACUUCAAGGGGAGCGACUUCAGGUACCUUCCGUUCGGAGCAGGGCGGAGAGGCUGCCCGGGCAUCGGGUUCUCCAUGGUCGCUCUGGAGGUUGUCCUCGCCAGCUUGUUGUACUAUUUCGACUGGGAGAUGCCCGACGGGAUGAGCUCCGACGAGAUGGAGAUGGAUGAGGUGUUUGGGCUCAUCAUGCAAAAGAAAUCGAGUGUGAUUCUACAAGGAAAGCCCUUCAAAGCCUAGGCAUCGAGAUCAUACUCUGUUAUUGUACAAUAUGGCAGAGUUGACUGAAAAACUUACAGAGAAAUUUGCUCAAAUUGACUCACCCAAAGCGAUCUUUUUGCUCAAAUUGACUUCAAAAUGCUAAUUACUAAAAAAUAGAGAGAGAA